AUAUCUGAUUCAGCCAAGAGCUUGCCUUCUGAUGGCGAUUCUGCUCAGAUACGCACAAGGCGAAAUUGUACAGCAAUUGACGCAUAGCCGCAUGGCUUGAGAGUAGGUGGCUAACCGAAGUCAGUGGAGCUUGCGAGCUGGUAUUCAUACUUCGUCCGUGCAAGUAUCCCGUUUCGAUCAGGAUGGACCACCGUAGUCAUCAGAUCCAUCGACACGCGUGUUACGUCACCCGAAACAUCAGGCCUCCGACACCGCCAAGUCGCACUGGCCGUCCAGACUUUCAACCGCUGCAAAUAUGUAAUACGCGUGUUAUCCUGGUCUUUCGCAGCCAUGGGACUAAGAUGCUUCGGCGCAGUCAUAGGAAGUCGAGAGGCGGAUGCUCGGAGUGUAAACGACGGCAUGUAAAAUGCGACGAGAACCGCCCCAAAUGCAGGCUAUGCACUGUUUCCGACCGGGAGUGCAGCUUCUCAUCUCUUUCGACUCCAGAUACACAUUCUCGAUCUGUGAGCCCAGGAAUUCAGUAUGGCCGCACUAUUGCGAUUACGCGAAGCAAAGCCCCUUCAAAACCUUCUGUGCUCUGCGCUGGGCAGUCGACAGUUGAUGAAUCUAUCGAUAAUGGCCAUGUCUACUGUGAGGAACCUGUCAAUGUGGGUCACAUGGAGCUCCUCAUACACGCAAUGCUCAACGAAGAGAUGUACAACUUUGCGAUCGGGUUUGAGAAGUUUCAUCGCGCUGGUCUCGCCCUAGGUAUGGAGACGGCUUUGAAGGCACCAUAUCUUAUGCACCAAAUUCUAGCUUUCUCCUCCUGCCAUUUGGCACAUGCCAACCCGCACUGUUUAGCCUAUUACCGGAAUCAGGCUGUAACUUUGCAGACACGCGCUGUUUCGAUUUUCAAUACAACUAGAGCCGAAGUGAACCAGCUGAAUUGCGUACCGAUGCUACUCUUCUCGUCCAUGCUGGGUCAGCAUCUACUGGCGGAGAUACUCGCAGUACAGCCUUCGACCGACAUGGAGAUUUUUAUCACGCACUAUGUUCAGUGUAUAGAAAUGCACAGAGGAAUCUACACCAUUGCUACGUCCGCGUGGUCACUGCUGAUGAAGUCGGAACUCGAGCCUAUACUGUCCAUGAGCAAGGAGUUCACUUCUCGGCAGUCCGAAGGCGAUGAUUGUUCAACGGUCUUCAGUCUUAUUGAAGAUACGGAUGGUAUGAGCGCAGAGGAAAAACAUGCUUGUCGAAUCGCAGUCCACUACCUGCAAGUCGGGCUCGAUGCAGUACGAAGGGACGAAGAUUCGCCAAUCAGUCGGUACCAGAUGAUCUGCGAAUGGACUAUGUUGAUCCCCCCGGGAUUCACCGGACUCUUGGCCGCGAAGCAGCCUGUGGCCUUGGUAGUGCUUGCACACUACGCAAUCUUAUUACACUUUGGCAGGCAUCUAUGGCAGGUUGGCGAUGCGGGACUUCAUAUAUUGGCAAUCAUUGAGAAGUAUCUCGGAUCUCAAUGGGAUGCUUGGUUGUCAUACCCACGGGCAAGAAUUACCAGUUUAGUCUUGCGGUAGGUUUACGUUCGACUGCAAGGCUGAAGUGUCGCACGCCACUGUGGUACAAGGCGACCAAUUGUGCCCGAAUCGAUGCUUCAUCCGCCUUACUCUUGUCUCCAGCUUCUUAGCCUGAUAAAUUGUUAUUGUUUCCGUAUGCGAACCUAUGAUGGUGCUCCAACUUACAGGGCGUAAGUAAGCUGUGCAUCGCCAAGACGCAUAUCCACGGGAACUCCCACCAACCAUCUACAAGCAUGUGCCAAACCCUCUCACCGGGCCCAAGAAUGGAUCCUUAAU